CGACUCAUGUAGGUGUCAACCAGGAACGCAGGAAGUCUUUCUACGACAAAAUUUUUUGUCGACUGAGCAAAGCCCCCAACCACCACCACCACCACCAUGCGCUUUGCUAAAGUGAAGGCUUCACCGGAUCAAUAGUGUCCUUGUCUACGCUUUUGAAUAUUCCCCUGAAGACAAGGGCCGGGAAAAUAGCACAGUCGUCUCGCACAUAGGCAUGCAGCAAAGUGGUCUUGGUGAGCACAUGAAUCCGGAGACCAGUCCGAAGUGGAUACCACACCGCAGUAGGUUUUUCGCGUACCUUUCCCGACCUUUUGGCCCGCGACAAAUACUGGGUCGAAAACGGUAAAUAACGUGGCCCGUUUUAAUAUCUUAAUUGUCGCUGUGUCCCGUUUGACCUCAAGCUGCUUCUAUCUGCGAUGCUGGCUCCUUGGGUCACGGAUUCAAAGAUAGCAUCAGACUGUGACAGUUUUCCUGUCCACUGUGAAAAGUUGAUUGCAAUUUUACAAGAAGACUGAAAGAAACUGUCACCGGAAAGUACCUUUAAAAACAGACGAGUAAAAGGUUUAUAAAGGGCCAAGAAAUGUAGGAUUGGUUCUACUUUCAAUGGGACGAUAAUUUUGACGGAAGUUAUUUGGUGUGGCUUUCGGCACUGAUGCACACUCAUAACCCAUAGCUUGAAAGCCUAAGGUAAAACAAGUCAUCAACGAGACGUACAAUAUUUGCGUGGAAAGAAUAUUGAAAGUCAUGAAAUAAAAACAAAUUUCGUGAAUAUUACAAGGGUGUUAAUAAAAGCACUUACUCAAAAUUGUGUCGGGCGGAAACUUCAAGGCUUUUUACCUUCUAUGUAGUUCAAGUCAGCCCGUUUUGUUUUCUUUCCCUCUUUUAUUUUCUGUACAGUGUGCCCAGCGCGUCAGCGCAUCAUCUCAACGCUAUGGGCGGCAUCAACGGCCUCAGUAGGAGCGAUGGCUUCACCGAAGCCAGUCCACUCUCCGAGGAUGUUGGUUGUUCUCCUCCUCGGACUUUUGGUCACCUUUCAAGGCUGCAGUGCUAAAGUUGCGCGCACGAACGGCGACCCUCUACUCGUCGGAAGUCAAGUGCGCAUUCGCGUUUUGGUCGAAAGGGACUCGUACUUCGGCGUCGUGGCGUGCGGUGAGGUCCAGUGCGGUGGCGUCCGGAUAGACGGCGUGGAGUCGAGAGGAAUGGGCUACAGGACGUUCCUGUCCAAUGCCACCAAUCGCCCAUUUCGUGCCACGUGGGUGGUCAAGGAGGAUUACCCGUACAUCACUGCCUUUGUUCCGGGGAAGGAGUACACUUUCGUGGUGGCUCGACCCGCCGAGCAGAAAAUGGAAGUUUGGCUUGAAGGCAAAGAAGAGCGUGUAGCUCAAAUAAACCUUUCUCCAGGGGUUUCUGAGCUCCACGUCGCCUUUAAGAACGGCGACUACAGAUUCAUAGGAGAUGAUUUUGAAUCAUCUGGAGCACUGCGAAGGGCUUUGUGUACGGGCACCAAGGUCGGGCACCAGGCGACUUCGUUAAAAGAAACAGGGUCUGACAUAGUUGAAAUCAAGACAGGGUGCAGGUAUGAGAGUGACGACAAAGUGCAGGCCAUGUGCGUCAUCUUUCUCGUCGUCGAGGGCGUCAAAGGAAGGCAAGAAGUAUACCGGGCGACUCUGGGUCGCGAAAACUACGAUCCUGAACAGGAAGAAACUCUCCAGCUGCCGUUCCGAUUUGAGGAAAAGCAAUACCUUAUCUUUGAGGUGUACAGAGGUUACUCUGAUUGCGACAUACCUGAUCGCGACGAUCUUCUUGGCACUGUCCAGACUCCUCUUGCUACCGUAAAUACGAAAGGAAUCGUGGAGGUGGCGGUGAAGCAGCCCAAUGGCGACAAGUAUUCAGCGCGGUUCCAGCGAAACUGCGACGAGAGGCUGACCCUGCAAUUCAGCGGGAGGAGUCUUGAGGGAAACGGAGAUGUUUUCCUCGAAAUAAUUAAAACCGCCGUGAAGAAGGGUGGUGUCAGUGAGGAGGUCGCUGAGACCAACAAGGUGAAGAGGGACAUAGACCUUCUCAUAUGGGACGAGAUGUCCGUGUCUGUGAAUGCGCUGUGCGAUGGCGAUUACAACCGCACGAUACGAGUGAACGCCUUGCAAACCGACGAGGAAGGUACCACAUUGAUUGGAUCCUUCAAUACCACUCUGAAUGAGUUGAAAACACCUAAUGCCACGUACGAACUCUUCAAUCAUGCCAAACAGUCUCUGAAACAUUCCGGCGAAAUAAGAGUGGGAGAAAUCCCUCAGAUUCCUACCUUCAGCCAAUAUGUGGCUGUAGGUUUUGAGCUGUUGGGCACCGUUCAAAUUGAUUUCACAGGGUCCAACAAUGCUCCAGUCCCUUCCCUGCACAACAUUGGGGAGGAACCUAAUAAAUACGAGUUGGCCAUAAAAGGUGUAUGCAGUGUCGUAGAAAACUUCAUAGCCAAUCGUAUUUUUAAAGCCUACGGCUUUGGCGUCAAUUUUCACGGCACAGUGUCGCACGACUUCAACCUAAAUCUCGACUCAGGCAGCCCUGAUUGUGUUGGAGUAGAAGGCAUCUUAGAGACCUACCACAAAUCUCUCCGGAAGCUUGACGGGUUAAUGUCUGGUCCGACCUACUUUGCUCCUGGAUUAUCUAAGGUGAUAGCUAUGGCAAGACAGUUCACAGAUGGUUCAAAAUACUUCGUGCAUCUACUCUUGACUGAUGGAAACCUUCACGACCUGAAAGAAACCAAACAGGCUAUCCUGGAAGCAUCUGGCUUACCGAUUUCAAUCAUUAUGAUAGGGAUCGGUGAUGCAGACUUUUCCACGGUAAGGACCUUGUUGACAGACGUGGAAGGGGGAGAAGCCAAGACAGGGACCAUCUGGAACAAGGGCGAACGAGCCGUGCGAGACAUUGUCCAGUUUGUGCCAAUCAGGGAAUUUCAGGGAACUAACCUGGACGCUGAAGGUAAAUUGCGGAGGCACGUUUUAUCAAAAAUCCCUCCGCAAUACCUUGAGUACAUGAAAAUCAAGAAAAUACCCCCCAAGCCUCCACGGAACUCCAAAAUUGAACGUUACUGUGCGUAGCACCAGUAAGUGACGGCUAGAGGGGGUGUUUUCCAAUCCAUCCCAAGCACGCGGUAAAAGGCGCACACAGACAUUGCAGCCUUUGGAGACACACUGAAAGACUGAUAAUUUUUAUCGGAACGCUUGCUAACGUGGUCACAUUCGGCAGGUCAAGAUAAUUACAUCACUGCACAUACGGAAUGAGUAAAAGAAAUACAUCAAGGAGAAUGUUCAGCUUGCUUCGAAUCUUAUCUUAGGCACGUUUUUCCUUUUCGCUCUCAUCGCAGGAACGUGACAUCACGUUGAAACGAACGUGACAAGAUGUCACAUUCGUUUGGAUGUGAAUCGGCCAAAAAUUAGCUUGUUCACAUUCAAUCGAAUGUGACACAAUGCUGAAACGAACGUGAUAUUUUGUCACGUUCGUUUCAACGUGAUGUCACGUUCCUGGAAUGAGAGUGUCGUUGUUACAAAAUGUAAUUGUUUUUAACUGUUUGUAACAUUCCGAAAGAAAUUUGUAUCCUACGAAGUAAUUGUUCCCUAGGAACAGUUCGUAGCCUCAUUUGUUCAGGGCAGUAAAGGGGACAUUUUUCUUUUUGUAAGAUGUACCAAGAGUCACUGGAUUGUAAACCCUUGUUGACGAUGCAGUAAGGUGCGAGGGGGAAAUCACUUGCGUAAAAGUCGGGUCACCGAUUCCUAGUAUAACGCGUCAUAGUAAUAGCUUAAUAGCCAAAUUUUUAAAAUUUUCCCUAUUUAGGGUUUGAUUUUAGCCUAAAUCUGGAUAUUUUGGAGCGUAAUAAGCCUACUGUAAUAGCGUAAGAGAACCUAAUAGGGAGUAGUCGGGUCACAGUUUUUAAGAGUGAUUUCCCCCUCGAGUAAGGUGCAUGCAUGUCGGUCACUACUGACACAUCUCUCGCCUGCCACCGUCCUAGAACCAUAAAUCAACCCCCGUUUGGGGCGUUGAAUUCUUUAUGGACUGCUACUUUGUGCCCGAAGCCACUGUCGUACUUGCCUCCACCUGGAACCCUGCCCUUAUUUGUAUCCAACGCAUAUGAUGCGGAGUAAAGUAUGUAUGCUUAAUCGAUGUAUAA